GUGGUAAGCUCUUGGUAGCCUAAGCUCGCCGCCUUCUCGACGCUUCCUGGGCUUUGUCAAGCCUGUUCAGUUCGCAGUGUAGUCCUAGCUGACAGCAUAUAAGCCACGUCAAACCCGCAACCAUGGCGUCUCCAAACCCAUCUCACCCAGCCUCGUACGUGGAGAUGUCGCGCGGAGACGUAGAGAACAUCGGCGCGCACUGCCAGCUCGAAUACUGCCACGUCUUGGACUUCCUACCCUUCAAGUGUCAGAGCUGCAAAGGGUAUGUCAUAGUCAAGUCCCUCCCUCUUCCCUUUCAUGCUGACAAACCCAGCACCUUCUGCCUCGACCACCGCUCCGAACACGCCCACAAAUGCGCCCACGAAGGCCUCUGGGCCCGCGAACGCACCGCCCGUGCCAGCUCAGCCCCCCUCGCGCCCAAACCCACGCUCCAAACACAUGACCGCCAAUGCGCCGAAACAACAUGCAAGACGCUUAUAUAUACCAGCCUUGUCACAGGCGUGCACUGCACCCGCUGCAACAGACACUACUGCCUCAAGCAUCGCAUGGAAGAAGAGCACAACUGCAAGAAUCUCGAGCCCAUCGGCGCGCGCCCCAAGGGGAUACAAGACCGCGCGCAGUCGGCGCUGGGCAAGCUGAAGAUCUGGGCUGAGAACAAGCGCAAGGAAGACGAGAAGCGGCGCGCGGGCAAGAAGUCGGGAUUCAUGGGUAUGGGGUCCAGCUCCAAGAGUGCGGCGGUCGCGGCACAGACGGAAAUCAAUGCGCUGAAGCGCGCGGCGAAGGGCGAAGCCAGUAUACCGAGUGAGAAGCGCGUGUAUCUGCAUGUCGAGGCGUCGGCGGAUACGACAAAGGCGAAGUUUCCCACGGGGAAGUUCUUUUACAACGCGGAUUGGACUGUGGGGCGUGUGCUGGACGUGGCGGCGAAAGCACUGCAGGUGCAAAAUGUGAACAACCGGGGUGGAGGCGAGGAGGAGAAGCUGCGUGUUUUCCACGUCGAGGGGGGACGACUGUUGAAGUUUGGCGAGAAGAUCGGAGACAGUUGUAAGAACGGGAAUAUGAUUGUCCUGUUGAGGGGCGUGGGGUCUGGGGAGCCGGAUCUGAUUGAUCUGUAGGGGAGGUAAUGGUGUAGCAUAGCGUUUGCGCGAGUUUUGGAGUUGGAGAUACCCAUGAUACGAACAGAAUGACACUACACGCAUAGUCU